ACCAUGUGUAGUUUAAUUGGAAAAUCAUUUAUUUUCCUGCCAGGAUCGGCACGAUCUCUGGAUGUUGCAAUUUUCAUACAUAUGUUAGGUUUCUUUUUCUUUUACUCUCUGAUCUAGCUAUUUUAACUGAUAGAGAAGAAUAACACAACUGAAACUUCAUAUUAUUCAAAAACUGAAAUUAUGGUCGGAAAUCUAGUGAAAAGUGCAUCAGUGCUUGUUAGGUUAAAUUUAAAUAGAAAUGUAUAUACUUAUCAUUCCAAUUAUGCUUAUUGGAAUAAAGAUUGGUUACCUGGACCAUAUCCAAAAACUGAAGAAGAAUGUAUCAACGCCGCAAAAAAAUAUAAUUUACAUCCUGAAGAAUAUAAACCUUACCCUGAUGACGGAUUUGGAUAUGGCGAUUAUCCAAACCUACCAUACAAAGGCGUAGCACUUCGUGAUCCUUAUUAUCCUUAUGAUCAACCCGAAUAUAAAAGAAACUUCAACGAAUCUGUUCACAUCGACAUCGAUUUACUCAGCGAAGAUAGAUGUGAUGUAGGUGCAUCCCAACGGUAUUCACGUAAAUUCGUAAUACUUAGCUUUUGCAUCAUAUUUGGAGGACUUUUUGGAUCAUGUUAUCUCUCUAAUUCAGUUCCAAUUUUUCAACCUGUUAUGGAAAAACAAUAUCCAUGGAACGGAAAAAAGUAUUACACUUUUAUUAAGAAUCAGUAACAUUAACCUAACGUCUGUAUUUCUACCAAUCUUUGAGCAAUAAAAUUUAUUAAACCAUUCAAAGUUUAAUAUUUGAUUCGUG